UCGAUGGGCUCGUAUUAUUCUUUGCGAUUAUAGUCGAAUUUAUCCCAGAUUUUGGAGAUUCUAGCAGACGAGAAGGAGAAGAGAAGGUAGCCAACGAGCACACGGAGACUCGGAGACCAAAAGAGAGAGCGCGCUGGGCCCUGGCUAGGCGCCAUCCCUUUUGGAAUGCGUCCACCCUCCCAAAUAUCCACAUCCAGUGCUACAAAUCAAAGAAAUCAAGAAGAUACAACUCUGCAAACCAGUAUACAAGUACAGGAAGAUUUUCGGGAGAAAACGAGUGCAAAAUGAUCUCAACGUUCAUCGGCCAGUUAGAAUUUGGUGGAUGCCGAGUAUCGCAACUCGAUGGAGCCAAGCUAACAAUGCCACUUUUGCGCUAG